AUGGGAUGUUGUGAAUCUAAUGGAAUAAAGAAUAGAUUAGAAUAAAUAAAUCCAUUAAAAAAACAAAGAGGUAUUACUUUUUUAAUGAAAUUAAAGAUUAUUCAGCACCAAUAUGUAAGAAACCAAUAUUUGAUGACAAUUCUACAUAACAAUAUAAAUCUGAGUCAUAAUAUUAUUCCUAUAAAACUCAUUAAUUUAGAGUAUCAAGAUCUCCUAAUAAAUUUGAUGAGUUUAAUACUAACUAAUUUAAACAUCAAUCAUAAUAAAAUAGAAUACAAACUCAAUAAGCAGUUUCUUGUCCUCCAAUAAGAUAAUAAACUAAUUAAUAUUUAAGUAAUUAAAGUUUCUCAGUACCAGUAUGCAAUUUAGUAUAAUAACCAUAAUAUUUUAUUAACAAUCAACCUUAGUAAUCUUAAACAUAUGUGAUAUAAACUUAAAGUAAUAAUGUUAGCUUUCGAGGAGAUCAUAAUGUAAAUUAAAUAAUUAGCAAUCUUAAUAAUUGUAUACAGUUUUUUAUUAUAUUAGAAUAAUAAAGAUUAUUUAAGACUACUUCUAAAGCUGUAAUGAAAGUUGAAGAUGAUAAAUUAACUAAUAAUGAUAGAGAAGUUAUGCAAGAUAUUUUUCAUAAAUUAGAGAAAACAUCUUGUUUUAAUUCUAAGAAAUCAAGUAAAAGUAAUUUAAAUGGAUCAAUAUAAAUGAAUAGUAAAGAACUUAAAAAAAUGUAUGAUCAAAUGAAUAAUUAAUUAUUAUUAUUGAAUAAAUUAAUAGUUUGUUUAGAUGAUAAAUGGAAUUUACAAGAUAGUAAAUAAGUAAAAUAGUAAUUGAAAGAGUUUUCAGAAAAAGUUAAAGAAUUAGGAGAAGUGACUUUAUAUAAUAGUUUUGUUGAAUAAUAAUUGGGAGAUAAAAGUUUUAGAUCUUUUGAGUCCUCCUUUUAACCAAAGACUAAUCAUACAUAAACUAAAGAAAUGGAUUUUAGUAAUCUAAGUGAAUAGGAGGAUAGUUAAAUUAAAUAGAUGAAAGAUAUCAUGUAAUAAUAUCGUAAUCAAACUAAUGAAUAAAGUGGAUUAAUCUAAAGAGAUUUAAAUAGAACUAGUUUUAGUAAUAUAAAAUAAUAAGAGAAUAAAUUAUCAUCAUAAAAAAUGAAAGAAAAUAAUUAAAAAAUUGAUUCAUUAAUAAAUAAAUUACAUCAUUUGAAUCAAAGCUACAAAUUAUUAUCUAAUGAAUAAUGA